AUGUGUCUCGACGGCAACAGUGCGGAGCUCUCCGUUCACUACGUCAACUCCCAGCUCCAGGCUUUCUGGGAGAAUGCCGCAAAGUGUGCAGCGCAUACCGUCAAGCUUGAUUUCAAGUCCUCCGCGUACGAGAAGAGCAGACGAACUCGGGCGCUACGGGAAUAUCACUAUCUGACUCGCAAGUCGAAGCCUGGUUUACUCGAGCAGGACCUGUUCUUCUCCGCAAAAUUUGGGCGACCGGAACUCAAGUUCAUUUGCAACCAUUCUGUUUUUCUUUGUUUGAUGAUAGAGUCGGGGCAUCUGAAUCUCGAUAUCAAGGACGCUGUGAAACCUGGAAACAAGGCGAGACCCGACUGCAAUCGUGACAUUGAAUCCCUGGAGUUGGUGUUCCACGUACCCAUCAUCCGUACCAGCAUCAGAGGUCAGGAUAGCAGGAUUGGAAAUGAGUCAGCCGAGCAUCUGGUUCAGAUGCAGAUUCUCAAGUUGGAGGAGGCUAAGCUCAUAGUGCUAAAUCCCGACUCCAGCUUGGGUCCGGAGGUCAAGGACGCUUUGAAGUUCUACAUGGAUCAGUAUCUGAACUUCCUCAAAAUGUCUGGAAGCCACAUCCUCUUCGACCUCUCUGACUUCGACAGCGAUCUGGAUCGCUCCAAGUCUAACUACUCCCUCAUUCGCACACGGGAGGUCGACGUUCUUUUACAUAACAUCUAUGAAGAUCUCCGACUCUUGAACAAGUUCGGCUGCGAUGUCCUCGCUCAAUUCUACAAGGCACAAUGGAUGGCUGCGUCCGCGCUUCGCAAUGCCGCGAAUUGGGGCAACCUCAAGAUGUGUCUGGGAACCAUCUGUAGCGACUGGAUCGUUGGCUCCGAGGUUGAGUCCCACUUUUUCAUUAACUUCGACACCCCUACCGUGCAGGUGCUCUGCCCGCAUGAGGUCAUUCUCAAAUUUCAUCUCAGAGACCUGGCGUUCUUCAAGCACGCUCACAUUGACGCAAAGCAAGUCCAUUCAUGUGAUUUGGAGCUCCACGACUGGACAAUCGCAUUCAUUGUAAAUGUCUUCGAGAAUGACUCAGGGAUGAUACAGCUAGAUUUCGAGACCGCGCGUUUCUCGCGUAAUGACUCGUUCUUUGGUGUUGACGUCGACACUGUCGUGGAGGAGUAUAUUCAGCUUAUGAUCAAUUUCUUCACCAUCGACUACCUCGAUAUCCUCGUCAGCCACUCGUUCCACCUCUGCCUUGGAGCCAGCGGCGGCCUCGAGGCCAAGGAGCACCGCAAUGUGGACUGGACCAGCGCAAGCGAGGGCGAGUCGGAGGAGUUCUACCGCCAGCGUGGUCAGGCGAUGCUCUGGAUGGAGCGGAUUCAGCGCCUGGACAUGCAGAGCGGUUUCGACGAGGUCAUCGUUCUCUCUGAGACGACGAUCAACCGUGUGCUCGAAAGCAGGCUCAAAGUCAUUUCGUGCUUCCGUGGCAAGGACGAUCUCUUCCGGCUGGAUAUUUUAGGCCUCAAGGUCCGCCUCCUCAGCAACGGAAAGGCCGUUCUGUAUGUUCAGACCGAGGGUCACAUUACUGUCAAGAAGAAGGCGGCACAGCGAAAGUUCUGGAUCCCAUACGUUUGGGAGCCGGUUUCCGGUGCUGACGAUUGCAGAGAAUGCGCGUUCGAGACUCUCACCCUCGCGUACGAGGUGGAUCUCCAGCUCGUGGAACAGGAGAGCUUGAAGGUCGAUAAGUCUGUCGUUGAGUACUUGGAGAAGACGGGCCCUCGCACCACUUACGCAAAGGCUACAACGGAGAUCACGAGCUCUCACAGUAGACUCAAACAUCUCAUUCUCGACUUCGCAAAUGCGCGGUACAUUGAGAAACUCUCGGAUGUUGAGGGCCUGGAAUGCGAUGAAAACUUUGUUGACAGCCUGAAAACGGUCCGGACCUACAUUCUCAAGUACUUUGAAUCUCUCGUCAGCUAUGGUCACAGCAUCCUCCACACCGUCAUGAUGGCCACGAGCCGAAGUCCUGGCGACGCGGAGAACCUGUUCGCCUUCACCGACGUUGACUUCAAGGUUCUCACGAAGCGCCGGGUCGCACUGUCGACCUCGCUUCGUGGCAGAGAGACCGUCGAGGCACCGAUCGUCAUGAUCUAUGGGAUGUGCACCGGCAACCCCAUGCCUGCACUCGGCGAUACCUGGGCCCUUGGCUGGCUGCCGGUUGGAAAGCGCUCCGUCGGGACGCUCGUACUCUCAAAGCGCGUCUUCUUCGAGCGCUGCAUCCUACACCAUCUCCAGGCCAUCAACGCGCGCACGACCCUUGUACCACAGACGGUCGAUGUCAUCGACGGCCAGUGGCAUAUCAGCCUCACAACCUGGGAGAAGCGCGAGGAACGCCUACGGUUGUCGCGUGGAUGCCAGUGGACCCCGGUCGCGAGCAAGGAACCGAACUGCCUGACAUACGAGUGGCACGACCGGGACGAGUGGAAGCGCAAGCACGAAGGUGAUGCUCUGGACAAGGCUAACGGAGAGUAUGCUCUAGAGUGUUCUACUCGCAACAUCGUGCGCUUACCUACGGCCUACAAUUCCUCUGGCAUGGUGAUCAAGAUCGAGGGAAGCUCUUCCAUCCGUGUCAAUGGCAAGAACGGUGGGCAGAGCUGGAAGAACAAGACUGUCUACUCGUGGUCUGCAACCGUCGCGCUCGACACCAGCUCAGGUGCUCUCCAAGUCCGCUUCUCCCACGAGCAGCCCGUCCUAUCGCACGACCGCAAAGAGUGCUCUGGACACUGCCCCUUCGACAUCGCCGAGUUGCACAAAGAGAGCUUCUCUCUGGACAUAGAGGCGUUCAAGACAUUCAUGCCUGCGCUCAGACAGGCCCUGGAGCAGAGCUGGGACUACUGCACCAUGGGUAUCCAGCAAGUCACACUCCGUGAUCCCGUCUUCACGAGGAAGUGCGACUUCGUCUGCGAGCUUGGCCUCUAUGCCGGUAAGUGCCAUGUCAUCGCUGAUGAAAACCUGAUCGAUGUAAUGCUACCGGCAGAUCCAAGCCCUCCAGUGAUGCUCAACUCCGACGCUUGGAAGAAACACACCGAAAUUGUUUGCGGGUAUAAAUGUACGUGUUACAUUCGUCUUCUCUUCACCGUCUACUCACAAGUCUGCCUUAGCCGCGCCCUCCAGUUCUGCCCGGAACGGCAAAUCAGUCAGCCUGAGCAUCAUUAG